AUGAAGGAAAGUUUAAGAAAAUAAAAAGUGGAUGAAAAUUAGAUUAUUAGAUUGAAAAACAUAAAUGGUUAAAUGCAUUAUAAGAUUGGUGUAAAGGCUAGAACUUCAAUAUUAGAAUUGGAAGAAACCAUUUUUUGA